CUGCUGCGGUCGAGCCGAGCUGGUGGCUCUAUAUAAGCCUUUGACUCUCAGUCCGAAGCAUCAUUCCUCAAGGAACGCAUCCAAACAACCUCGUCAACCAUGCACGCCGCUACCUUCUUCGCCCUGGGCGCCGCCCUUGUUGCCGUUGCCAGCGCUGGCCCCCUCGUCCCCGUGGUGGCCCCCGUCCUGGCCUCCAACUACGCCUACCCCAAGUACUCUUUCAACUACGGAGUCAACGACCCCCACACCGGAGACCAGAAGAGCCAGUCCGAGACCCGCGACGGUGACGUUGUCAAGGGACAGUACUCGCUGGUGGAGCCCGACGGCACCAUCCGCACCGUCGACUACACCGCCGACUCCAUCAACGGCUUCAACGCCCACGUGACCAGGACCGGCCCCGCCGUCCACCCUGCCCCCGUCGUCAAGGUCGCCCCCAUCAUCAAGGCCGCCCCCUUGGUGCACGCCGCCCCCAUUCUGGCCCCCUACGCCCACCACGGCUACCCCUAUGCCGCCCCCCUGCACUACUACUAAACAAUUCAUCCGACUUGUAAUUCCAAAGUCAUAAUUGCAUAAGCCAGAAUCGUCCCCCAUUGAUGUAUAAUAGAAUUUCGCGCACAUAUAGUUCUCAUUUUCAUUCUGCAUUAUACACACACUGUAAAAAUGAUGUCGUCUUGUAAUAAAAUCUUACAAAAACUGUGA